AUGGCCGAAAAUCAGAAAUAUUGGACGAUCCUGGUGAUGGCAUCGCUUCCGCACUCGGUAAAGUUCCCAGAACAACAAGCAUAUGAUGAUGAGGUCGAUAAGUUGCAGAUCACCAUGGUCAGACUGAUCACAAUCGGACUGCUACGGUCCUGGCACGGCUUUCAGAGUCUUAAAUCGCACAUCGACUACCUGUUCACCAAUGGUGCUGAAAUAUUCAAUCCCCUACUGCACAAUGACCUGUUGUUAGAUGAUGAAGUCUGCUCCCAGUCGCUCAAAUUCUCUUGGAUUGUCAAUACCCUUUACGAAGUUCAUAGCAUGAUUGAACAAAACAUAAUUGCGUGGGAUAAUUAUCUGGACCACUUUAUCAGGCCGUCAUUAGACAAGGGCCAAGUGUGGACCGAAGCAGACAAAGACAAACUAUGCGGGAAAAUCGAGAGAUGUAACGAGAUGCGCAACAAGCUCCGUUAUAUGCAAAACGGAUUCAAGGACCAGAGGUCUAGAGCACUGGCUCUACGUGAAGGGGUGUUCUUGGCCAGCAGUAUUCUAGGCGCCAGGGCAUCGACACGGCUGGGAGAGAAUGUCCAACUUCUAACGUUCGUCAGCAUUUUCUACUUGCCAUUAUCAUUUUGCACCUCUCUCUGGAGCACAACAAACGAAUUCAGUUACAAGGCGCUGGCCUGCACCAUGGUGUCUGUGUCAGCUGCGACUUACCUGGUCGUUUUCAACCUGAGAUAUAUAGUCGGCAUAAUACAUGGGAAAUACUUGCGGUGGAAAAGAACGGCUAUCAAUCAGAUGAAGCAAGAGUAUCGACAGCCCUGGAGGAGGAUUGCAGACUCGCUUGAGCGUUCCCUAAGUCGAGCUGGUCGGGGUGAAAGCGAGCCAUCGGAAUGGUGGAUUGUAGUGUACUACGUGUUGAAAUUGUUGGAAAAAGGUGGGCUGCGGAACGCAGGCCGACAUCAAGCGACUGUUGAAUCCCGAUCCUAA